CCAGAUACAAAGCCGUUAGUUUUGACCUGUUUACUGCAUUUCGCCAGUAAACACUGCUCGAGUUCGCCGCGCUCAAUGCAGUGCUGUGCACCGAUCGUCGUCAAGUGUGUUUCCUUCGACUUGCCCUGCCCUUUUCGCUACGUUGCGAGACCCCCCCUUGUCUGGGAAGUCGUCUGGCAUCUUAUCGCUGACGCUGCGACGUCUCCCUCUGUCCUGGACGAAUGGGCGUGCGGCUCGAGCGAUGACGACCGCUACGCGACGAUAAGGUUUCUUAUCUCGCCUUGAAAAGGCUUUUGACGGCCGGCGCGCCUUCAUGCGCCAGUCUGGCACCGAGGAGCGCAGCGAAAGCAAGUCCAUGGCGGACGUCAUCAUAAGCUCACCACUUGUCAAGUCAUUCCUCGCCGGCUCACUGAGCGGAACAUUCUCCACACUACUGUUCCAGCCAUUGGACUUGCUGAAGACCAGACUACAACAACCACAGAUUUCUGGGGAGACUUCAAGAGUGGGUAUGCUCAAGCAUGUCGUCCACGUCGUCAAAAAUGAAAGAGUCUUCGGUCUGUGGAAAGGCACGGUGCCUUCCAUCGUUCGCUGCGUUCCUGGAGUCGGAUUGUACUUCUGCACCCUUCAUUUCCUGAAGACAAGCCUCCACCUUGACAACCCAAGCUCAAGCGAAGCCAUGUUCCUUGGUGCCAGCGCCCGGUCCAUAGCCGGUGUUGUGCUGCUGCCGGUCACAGUCAUCAAGACGAGAUUCGAGAGUGAAGUGUACCACUACAGGACUAUGAGUGAGGCCACCAGAGACAUCUACAGGACAAAUGGACUACGAGGUCUUUACUCUGGUCUUAUUCCGACUUUGGUUCGGGACGCUCCAUACUCGGGAAUCUACCUCGUCUUCUACGUCCAGGCCAAGCGCUUUGUCCCUGAAAGAGUGAGGGAAGGGCGCCACCUGGUGGCCGCCAACUUCACAUGCGGUGUGGUCGCGGGCCUGCUCGCCUCGCUCGUCACGCAGCCGGCCGAUGUGAUCAAGACCCACAUGCAGCUGCAGCCGGGCAAGUUCCGGAGUAUCCUCACCUCCAUUCUCCUCAUUGCCAAGGAGGAGGGCAUGGUUGGUUAUUUCCGUGGGCUGGUGCCAAGGAUGCUGCGAAGAACGUUGGUCACUGCCAUGGCUUGGUCAUUCUAUGAACAGGCAAUCACCACAUGACGUCUGCUUACACCGUGGCAUUGUUCUUGUCUGUAUUGUGUGGUUACCAAAGGAUUCAUCAAGAAGUGAACGAAAAUCAGUUUUUCAGUGUGCCAGAGCUAAAACAAAAAAGUCUUCAUGCGAAGUUUCGCCCGGGCAGUGACAAUCCUGUGUGACCCUUUGGCCUCUAAGCUCAGACUCUGUCCUUGUACUGCGAAUUCCCAGUGGAAUCAACCUCCAGACUCUAUACCUCACUGUACAUACAUCUCUCACUGUUUGUUACUGAAUCUAGUCGUGCCCUUAGUCCAGACUCCUUUGCCCACAAGCAUUGUUGGGUAGCAUCUGUGAUUCAAGCCAAGGUGGUUCGUGGUGAGGUGACUCGCUGGAGCUGUGGUGGUUUUGAGAGAGUUUUGCUGACUUGUACUGACAUGUUGUUUCAUGUUCAUGUUGUUUCGUAUGGCUAUGUCUCGUGUGUAAUGAGCUUUCCUUUUUUCAUUUCUUUGCUGCCAUAGCUUCUUUACAAGGUAUCUAACCGAGCACAUUGCUUGUUCAUUCUUGAAGCACUGUAAUGAAUCACUUGCCAGCCACAUAAAUUACUUUUCUUUAAGAGGGAGCUUUAGCUUGGGUGCUCCUAUCUAAAUGCAUGUAAAAGGAGAGUUAGUUUUUCUCGGCAACCACUGCACCAAAUUUGACGCGGUUUUUCGCAUUUAAAAGAAAAACUUAAAAUCUAGUGACUGUUGGUUUCAAAUUAUUUAUUUAGAUUGUCAUUUCUUUUAUUAAAAAUUGGCAAAAAUCAAAAAUUUUCAGUAAACGAAACUAUCAAGUUUACAACUCUUUAAGUCAGCAAUGAAAAAUGAUAUCACAAUACUGUGAAUUGCAUAUAAUAGUGCAGCUAAAAUGGACAAAAUUGAUAUGUUACACAUGAAUCUAAAAAAGAAAUUUGCAAUAUUGAAAUACAGCUUUUGCAGACAUACACAGCGUAAUGAGUUCAUGUAAGCUAUAAAUUGACAUAUCAAAUUUGUCCGCUUUGAAUGAUCUAAUGGAUGCCGUUUACAGAACCGCGAUAUCUGUUGUUGAUGCAGAUAUUAAUUUGUAAACUUCGUGCUUUUGUAUUUUUCAACCUUUCAAAUUUUAGAAAUUUUUUUAAACAACAUUCAAAUCAUAAAUCAAAAUUCCACUUGCAACAGUCACUAGAAUUUAACUUUAUCUCUCAAAUGCAACAAAGUUAAUUAAACUCGGUCCAGGGGUUAUCUCAGAAAAACGUUUGAGUGUUUUACAUGUAUUUGAAUAGGCCGUGUCGGAGUUGUGCCCAAACUAAAGCUUCCUCUUAAGCUACAGGCUGUCGCACUAGUAUUGUGUUCGCAGCAGCUACCGUGCCCUCAGGUUCAACAAUGCUUUCAUCAUUUGGAAUGGUUCCUGUUUCUUGAUUGAGCUCAAGCAUGUGCCAGCGGGGCUUUUGUUAUUCUAAAGGAACUAUUUCUUGCAGACGUUGAUGCAUGGUGGCUGAAUGAGUCUUGAGGACCUUCGGAGAGUAAUUGCACACUGUAUGCAACUUUUAUCAUGCUGGAAAACACCAUACAGAUUGCUGCAAAAGUUUAAAGAAUUUGGAGACAUGCAAAGCUAAAUAUUUUUGUUAGGCUGGAAGCAGGAAGUUGAGUGCUGCAGUUGUGUGUUAUGUCUGCCAGCACACUCAGAUUUUUGUAGCCUACAUGUUCCAUGACAUCUGUAACCCUUGGUAACAUAUGCUGUGGUCUCUUCCAUGAUUUGUCGAUGCAACUUUAUAAGGCGUCGGCUAUGUAUAGUGUGAGUCGCUUACAUGACUGCUCAUACGUCCACAUUUUUUUAGGGUUGGUGGGUGGUUCGUAUUCAGUGUCAUUGUUGCCUUGCACAAACUGCACUUCAUCUGUGGAUUUAGCCAGUGGCAAGCUAAUGAAAUGAAUUCUAAGGAAAGCAUUACAUUGUUUUUGUUGUCAUUGAACCAUCAGCGUUUCCUCAUUUAGGUUGUCCGUAUCUACAAAUUUAGCCAGAAGAAGGGUUUGUUGUGAAAUUUAUUCAAAAGAAAGCAGGGCAUUGUUUUGCUCUUUAACUUGGCAACAGGCAGGCGAGGGUUGUGUGUGAGUCGGGAUGUCCUUACAGUUGCAAGUGAAGAUGCAGUCCUGCAAGUGCAACCUGUGAAAACGUUUUGUGGCUUACGCAAUGUGACUGUUGCAGCAUUGUCUAUGCAACUGUUUUUUUGCAUGCCAUGCAACAUCGAUGCUAUUUCUUUGUGCAAAGUUCUUCUUGCAUGUUUUUUGUACAUUUGUACAGAUGGAAGCAUGAUCUUUUUACAUCUAUUGGCUCUGAAGAAGUAUCUGAUCUGUUGCAACUAAGCAUCACACUGAGCAGGUUGUUGUUAACUUGGCCUAAUCAGCAGCGCUUUAAAGCUAGCGCUACACUUGUGAAGCAGACAUUACACUGAGCGCUUAUCAUCUCUGAUUAGUAGCCUGUGCCUUCGGAUGCUUUAACUAGAGUUAUCUUAUGUAUAGUUGACAAUUUCUUGUAAAGGACAUUGUAUUUUGUAAAUACACCUAAAGAUAAUUUUUCAUCGUA